AUGGCAGCCCUCGAGGAAGCCAAGCUGAGGUUCGCCCUACGCCUCCAAAGCGUGGACGCAGACCAUCCGCUCACGAAAAGAAUAGAACCUCCCAUGAUCACACACGGUCGUGGCACGGGCACAAAACAAAGGGCGAAGACCAAAGUCCAACGACUUGGCCUCCUCGUCCCCCCAAUCCCAAGGCCCACACUCGAGCCACCACGGUACACAACCGGGUGCCGAAUAGACCCAACGGAAGGGAUUGACAAGAAAACGGCCGCAAAGGCCUUCAACACCUGGUGGGAAAACCUGUCAGACACGGACAUCACCAUCUUCUCAGAUGGAUCAGAAAAUCACGUGAAAGGCAAACAUAUCGUGGGCUACGGGUAUGUAACAUACCUGGGCAAGAAUCAGAUACUGGCGGGCUCCGGCUCCAUCAACACCCAGUCCCAUGUUUUUGACGCGGAAGCCAUCGGAGCAUGGAAAGGCCUGGAACGCACACUCAACGAUGACAGGUACACCAACCAGAAAGUCUGGAUGUGCAUUGACAGCGCGUCAGUGAUCUGGGGCAUGAGGGCAAACGCCUCCAUGUCGUCACAAUGGGCGUUCAACAAUUGCCAUAAGGCCAUGGAAAAGCAUGACAUUCGAGUCAAGUGGUCACCGGGACACGAAAGCAUAGAGGGAAACGAGGCGGCUGACCACCUCGCGGACCUUGGAGCCAAGAAACCCAGCUGGGACACUGGACCAGCAUCACAACCCACGUACAGUGGGGUGAGAUCGAUCGCACGCACCCUUAGAGAAGAAGCCCGCCAGCAAUGGUGGGAAUCAUGCAAACCAGCCCUCUCGCUGUGGUACAAACAGUGGGACCCGGUCUAUAAGGUCAAAUCACCACCAGAACUCCUACUCCCACGAGUAGUUCUGCACAGACUAAUAGCUAUCCGAACCUCACACGGGGACUUCGGAUGGUACCACCGGAAAUUCGGACACACGGGAGACACAGAAUGCUCCUGUGGAAGGCCCAAAACCCCCGCCCACUUGGUGCACUGCCGAAAGGCAAGAGGCACCUUCGAACAAUGGCCAAACAAGCCACCCAAACCACCAGCGACAAAUGAGGAAGGCAUUGAGUACCUUCGUCAAGUCCUAAGCAACCCCUCGGACUUCGCCAAGCUACUAAAGCUCACGAAGUUCUACGAAGACAUAUGCUCUAGCCACACCCACUACCAGGACCGACUAGCAACGUACGACACAAACGAAGCAACAAAAACUCCCUCUGCAGAGCGUAUGCAGAGAAACAUUAUUAUCAACAGCCUACCUGAUCGCCUAGCAUACGCGAUGGCACGCCCACAACCGGGCACAACCGCCCACACCAGGCAACAUAGCAAGACCACCUCAACCGGCGGAGGAGAGAAUGCACAAAUUGGAAGUGUAAGCAAUGGCAAGCCCAUAAUAAGAGCACACCCGCCUACACCAGGCAAGACAACAGGACCACCUCAACCAGCAGAGGAGAGAAUGUACAAAUUGGAAGAUAACACACGAUUACCAGGAAUAGCCCUUAGAACAUCUGCAUAUCCCUAG